CCUCCUCCUCCUGGUCUCUCUGCAGUGCUGGGUCCAGCCAACCCUGCUCCCAUCAUCCUGCAGCCGGCUCACCUGACCGGUCAGGUGAACUCUCUGCCAGUUCUCUGGCUCGUUAAUGGGCAGCUAGUGGUCCCUCCUGGAUACCUGAUGCCGGUGCACCACCCCCGCCCCGCUGCAACCACCCAGAGCGCCUGCUGCUCACAGAAGAGGAAGCGAGAUGACGACAGCGAGCCGCCAUACGUGAAGAAGCCACCCAACGCCUUCAUGCUCUUUCUGAAGGAGCAGAGGGCGAGUGUGGUGGCUGAGCUUGGCCACACCGGGAGCGCGGCGGUGAACACCAUCUUGGGGGAGAGAUGGAAGUCCUUGUCCACCGAGCAGCAGGCCAAGUACUACCAGGAGGCCGACUCAGCGAGGCGCCGCCAUGAGCAGCAGCACCCCCAGUGGUCCAGCAGCGACAACUACGGCCAGAAGAGGAAGAGGAGGCGCCAGGGGAGCACAGCUCCUAGCAGCUCUGGAGCCUGA